AUAAAAACAUUUUAAAAAAAGAUUAGUGAUCGACGAGAAUGGAAGGACAGACUGCUCUUGCUUUGCCUUAUGUUUGAUUUAAGCAAAAAAUGCUGUUAGCUAAACUGAGGCUGUAAAUAGACUGAGACACAGUCUAUAGAGUAAGUUAUGAGCGUUUGAAACGGUUUGUAGUUGAGUUUUAAACCCGCAGGACACUGCUGCUGACACCAGUGUUUUGGACAUAUCUUGCAGAAAGAUGAUGGAGGAUUUCUCUGGUUUGGCUCUGCCUCCUCUGUUUGGAGGACACAUCCUGGAGGCAGAGCUGGAGCCUGGAGGUGUGGAGCUGGGACCGGGAGAGGUGGAGCUGGGCUCGGGAAGCAAUGAGCUGCUGGAGAGUACAGCACAGGAGGAUGAAGAGAGAAGAGCUCUUGAUAAGAGGAAAUAUCUGGCUCUGAGCAGGAGAUGUAAAGACAUUGAACAGGUGAAUCAGAAGAUUCUUGGUCGCCUUCAUCGAGUACACAGAAUUACACGGCGCAUGAAGAAGGAGAGACGGUUUCUCAUGAAGACUUUAGAUGCUCACGGGGAUGACUACAGAAACGCCCAGCUCACUAUACUCCUAGAGGAUGAACCUGGAGCCCAACUAGAUCCUGCUGAUGGAGUGGAGGAUUACCGGCUCAAUGGUGUGUCUUGUUCCACUUUGUCAUCAGCAUUGCAUCAGGCUGCUGGACCAAAGCGGAGGAGGCACCGAAUCCAACGGCAAGAAAAAGAUAAAGACCAACAGAUUGAACCAGACAUGUCAGUGUUGGCAGAGACACAGGUUGGAGAAAUGCCCAGCCCAACCUCUCUGUCUCACUGAUAGUUGCACUGCAGCCCUUGAUAUGAUGAUGAAGAAGCACCCAGUUUCUCUGAAGUUUUCAAUAGAGAUGCUGCUUCUGGUCAGCCAAAGUUUAUACUGUUUGUAGUUUUACUUGAACAUUGGGAAUAGGAUUGAAUUCAUGUAAGGUAUAAUGAGAUGUUUUUCACCUGGUACAUGUACAUUUGUUUUGUAUACAUUGUUUGCUUUUGUCGUAAUUUGUCCUUAGACUUGAUGACAACACAUAAUUAUGACCAGUGGCAAACUGUGCACAUUGCCAUGGCAUGGACAGCCUUGUUUGGUAAAUAUCUGGCAACAUAGAUACAGUUAUUGUAGGGUUGCAAACUUAUCAGUGGCUUUCACAAUAUAUUCCUGGAUACUAUCAAUGAUUUUAUGAUUCAUGAUUAAGUUUCAGGAACUGCUCAUAUAAAUUUCUAUUUGACUGUUGUCUAUUGUAAAGUUUUUUUUAAUUUCAAUUUUUGAGUUUUUUAAUUAUUGUGUUAUAACGGUUUUAAGUUUCCCGGUGUUAAGAAAGUUCUGUUGUAUAGAUUUUAUUAUAUUUGCUAAUGUUGCCCCAAAGCAGACAGAUUUCAUUUAACUUUUAUUGAUGUUUACAUCCGCAUAAACAAUUUAAACUUUGUCUUACAUUAUGUUGCUAUACAAUAAUUAAGAAUUAUUUCAGGCAGAAA